CUUAAAAGAAAAUACAGAUGGAGAAGUCUAGCCGGUUCGCUGUGACACAGAGAGUCCCCUUAAGCUUACGUGACAACUCGCAUACUGUCCCUUUGUCUUCAGCUUAUCGGCAGAAUGCCCGGUCUAUGCGUGCUUUGUCUCACUGCGGUGCUCGCUGCAUUCACCCGGUUCGCGGAGACCGUGGGACCGGUGGUCCGAUGUGAGCCGUGUGACGCCGGGGCUCUUAUGGAGUGCAAGCCGCUGCCAAAAGACUGCGCAGAGAGGGUGCGGGAGCCCGGCUGCGGGUGCUGUCUGUCGUGCGCCCUUGCUGAGGGUCAGGCGUGUGGAGUGUACACCGGGCGCUGUGGCUCCGGGCUGAUUUGUCAGUUCCAACCAGGGGAGACCCGACCACUGCAAGCCUUGCUAGAGGGACGGGGAGCGUGCUCCAGCGCCGCGUCCAAAAAACUCAACACCUUUCUGCUCCCCGCGCAGAAACAAGAGAACACAAGCGGGGAGCAGGCCGGGGCGGGGGAUGAAGGGCGUGCCAACGGCACCGUGACGACGACCACAGCGGUGGCGGUGGGCGCGGUAGGUGUGGAAGGCGGAGGUGGUGGACAUCGGGGGGUGAUAGAGGCCAAACCGCCGCUGCACACCAAGCUAGACGUGAUCAAGAAGGAGCAGAAUAAGAAGAGCCAGAGCUACAAGGUGGAGUCAGUGUCUGGGGGAGUAAACUCCGACAUGCACAACUUCUCCCUGGAUAACAAGAGGGAGACCGAGUAUGGCCCAUGCAGGAGAGAGAUGGAAAGCAUCCUGAACAGUCUUAAAAUCUCCAAUGUGCUCAACCCCAGAGGCUUCCGCAUCCCCAACUGUGACAAAAAAGGCUUCUACAAGAAAAAACAAUGCCGUCCUUCCAAAGGGAGGAAGAGGGGUUACUGCUGGUGUGUGGAUAAGUACGGUCAGCCUCUCCCUGGCUAUGAUGGAAAGGAGAGAGGAGAAGCCCAGUGUUACAACCUGGAGAACAAAUGAGAGGCAGAGAGAGGAUGGAGUGAUGGAGAGAGGAAUGAGGCAAGGAGAGAGGAAUGAGACAAGGAGAGAGGAAUGGGAGAGAGAGAUACUUGUUUUUACUCCUGCCUUGCACGUAACCGUCGAAAGAGUGCUGGACCGUUGACCUCAGGUCACAUGACUGCCGG